GCGCCUGUCCCCGGCCGCCGGCCCCGGAGCGCUGCUGACAUUACCGCUCGCACGCAGGAGGACCGUGGACAACCCUCGCCGCGGCGGGGAUCCGGUCCUUUCUUUGCCCUCGGCAGCGCUUAGCACCGUGCAAAGCCUAACACCAGAACCAGAACACCCUAGAAGGUUUAACUAAAAGAAUGCUCAUGUUUGACCCAGUCCCUGUCAAGCAAGAGGCCAUGGACCCCAUCUCAGUGUCUUAUCCAUCCAAUUACAUGGAGUCCAUGAAGCCCAACAAGUAUGGAGUCAUUUACUCCACACCGUUACCGGAUAAGUUCUUCCAGACCCCCGAAGGCCUGUCACACGGAAUACAGAUGGAGCCCGUGGACCUCACGGUGAACAAGCGGGGCUCCCCGCCCUCAGCCAGCAGCUCUCCUUCCUCCCUCAAGUUCCCGUCCUCGCACCGCAGAGCAUCGCCGGGCCUCAGCAUGCCUUCCUCGAGCCCACCCAUUAAGAAGUACUCCCCGCCUUCUCCGGGCGUGCAGCCCUUCGGGGUGCCACUGUCCAUGCCGCCUGUGAUGGCAGCUGCCCUCUCGCGGCACGGGAUCAGGAGUCCGGGCAUCUUGCCUGUCAUCCAGCCCGUCGUGGUGCAGCCCGUCCCCUUCAUGUACACCAGCCACCUCCAACAGCCGCUCAUGGUCUCCUUGUCAGAGGAGAUGGACAACUCAAACAGUGGCAUGCAAGUACCUGUAAUUGAAUCCUAUGAGAAGCCCAUAUUACAGAAAAAAAUUAAAAUAGAACCUGGGAUUGAACCACAGAGGACAGAUUAUUAUCCUGAAGAAAUGUCACCCCCUUUAAUGAACUCAGUGUCCCCCCCGCAAGCACUGUUGCAAGAGAACCACCCGUCGGUCAUCGUACAGCCAGGGAAGAGACCUUUACCUGUGGAGUCCCCAGACACCCAGAGGAAGCGACGGAUCCACAGGUGUGACUAUGACGGCUGCAAUAAAGUGUAUACGAAGAGCUCCCACCUGAAAGCGCACAGGAGAACACACACAGGAGAAAAGCCCUACAAGUGUACUUGGGAAGGCUGCACGUGGAAGUUUGCUCGGUCUGAUGAACUAACGAGACAUUUCCGAAAACAUACUGGAAUCAAACCUUUCCAGUGUCCAGACUGUGACCGCAGCUUCUCUCGUUCCGACCAUCUAGCCCUACAUAGGAAACGCCACAUGCUAGUCUGAAUGUCGCGACCCUCCACUCGCCUGGCUCGCUCGCUCUCUCUCUCUUUUCUGUCCUCCUGCCCAUUAUCUAACUCAUUUUUUACAUGUACAUUUUAAUUUGGAUUCAGCUGGUCUGAGUCUCUUGAGUUUGUAUCAUUUAAAACUUCCAUAUGGUCAGUAGUACAUACUCUCUUAACUCUCCCUCUCCUUACCACGGGUCAGACCUAAAGAAUGUGAACACUUACUUUUUUUUUUUUCCUGGGGAUGCUAAGCAGACCCUUCUUUACAGAUGUGUUUAAUGUAAUGAGAACGAGGGGACAUGUAAACUUACCUAAGCAGUUGUUGGUUUCUCCAUGUAUUCCUCAAAAGAAUGUCAAAGUAAAUGUAUUAGAAAUGCAGUAUCAGCCUACUAGCCCUUGCCAGAGACCUUCGUACCUCUGCCUCAUGAUCCCGUUGUAUGGCCAAAAGAAGUGGUCCCAUUCAGCAGUGAGCCAGAGAGCACAGUGGAGAGAUCAGAUUAGUCCAGCCAAGUGUGCCGUUACCCUUCCGCCUCUAGCUUGGGAGACUGCCUUGCCACUCUGCUUACAUCAAGGCCUCUGCCCUCCUCUGUUCAUGAAGCUCUGGAGGACUUUUGACACCUUGGGAGUUGAGCCCAAGCUGCCCAAAGAAGGAGGUGGUGUGUGCGCAGCAGCAUCUGUCGCCUGGAACAAGGAAGAGGAGGAUUCCCAGCUAGUGCUUAGCACAGUCAUCAACGUUUGAUUAGCUGGGCAGUGCGUCAUCUAUAAAGAACCAUGCUACAUAGUCGGUUCCAGAAAAGAACUGUCUUCAUUCCUACAGGAUCUUCAGUAUGGAUCAUGAUGCAUUGAGAGUAAAGGAUCCACAGAAAUAUUUGCCCACUGAUGUUGGGGGGGAAAAAAGGGGUGGCGGGGGUUGGGGAUUGAGUUGGAGGGGUCUUUUAUCCAACCUGCUUAUAAUAACACUUUUGCAAACAGGGAAAUAUUGAGUGGUACUUGUAUUGUUCCCGUAUUAUCAACGUUAGUCACGUAGCUCUUACAUGAAACUUCAGUGUGAGCUGUAUACUGUGCCAAAGUGGCUGUCAGUUGUGAACGUGGCCCAUGUCAUCCGCGAGCAUCUACUAAGGCUUUAGGAGGCUUAUUCAGUUAUGAUCUGAGUGACACUUUGUAGAUAAUAACUUGUGUGAAGCACACACACACACACACACACACAUAUAUAUAUAUCUUUAUUUUGGUGACAGAUUUUUGAAAAAAUAUACAAAACCACAGUUCAGGGAUUUAUAUUUGUAGCUUGAAGAUUCCCAAAAGUUUACUGCUGGAGCUAGUGAUUUCCUGUUGCUAUCAAGUAUCCUGUCAGAAGAACAAACAUAAUUGACUCGUGUUUAUGUUGAAAGGUAGCACCAUCAUUGGGGAAAGUUUUUUUCAAAAGCAGGCUUUUGAACACCAUAGUCUAAAUGCCAGUAAGAAUAAUUCACACCUAGCAAUGCCAUUGGUCAUAAAUUUGAAGAAAAUGGGCAAGAGUGGUCAAAUACAGUUGCAUAUGACCAAAAGCCCCUUUAUCCCCUCACCGAGGAUGGAGGAGCGAGAACAGAAUUCUGAAGGUUCAUUCUAGCUACAACUUGGGAUCCAACCCAACCAUAACUGGGAGGAAUAAAAAAAGACUUUUAACAGUUCUCAAGCGUCGGUGAAUGAGUGGUGCUGAGGUCCUGCUUGUUUCUUUCUGGUGGCACUAUGUUAAAAAUGAGAGAGAGAGAGAGAGAGAGAGAGAAAGUCAGUUGCAGGGACUGUACACUGGAGUUCCUGCUCAGCCCUGUAAACUAGCUGAAAGGAAAUGUGGGUGGAAAAUGCAAAGAAAUGUUUCUUGGCACUUGGGUUUCUUUCUUUUUUUUUUUUUCUUCUUUUUUUAGCACUGCAGAAAUCUGUUCAUUGACUGUUAGAACAUGCUAAUUAAUCAAUUGGACUUGGAGUUUUGGGUGUUUUGUUUUGUUUUUCCUUUUGCAAUUCUGACAUGAAUUGAGGAAUAAGGUGCGGCUCUUGGAAAAGUAGGUAUCUCUGUUGUCAGGUUUUGGUCAUAUUUUCGUCAACAUGUUUUUGCUUUGAAAUGGGUUUUCCACCUCACUGAGGAAUCAGGUUUGUAGUGCAACGUAUUGUGUUCAUUUUGUGUGUUUUCAGCCCAUUUGGGGGGGGGGGUACAAGGAAACAUUCAUCUUUGAAUCAACCUUACAUGUGAUUUAGUGUUUGCUCUGGCAUAUUUAAAGUCCAGUCAAAAGGUGGUAUUACAUGACUUUCAGCUUGCUUAGAUCAUGUUAGCGGUUUAGGUGGAAAGGUGCGUUUUAGCUCUGGAGGAAAAGAACCACAGAGGCCAUUCUAUGUUCCCAUGCUGGCGUGAUAUUCUUUAGUCAAUUGGCCCUUACCAAAUUCCUUUAAAAAAAAAUCUCUAUAUAUAUAUAUUUGUAUUUCACUAUAAUAGUUGAGCAAUUUAGUCUCGUAGUCAUUUUAGCUGUUAUUGUGGAAGACCUCAGAUACAAUGUAAGAUGCCCUUGAAACAUGGUUGUGAUGAUGUGCCACAUUGCUAUGGAUGGUGAUUUAACUGCAGUAUUUUUACACCAAGAGUGAUCUGUACACACCAGGUUUGGUGCCAUGCCACUUGUUAAACGGAGUUUAUUCAGUGACUGCCCAAGUGUCUCAGAAAAGUCAUGUGGAGACUUUAAAACGUGAGUCUACAUCAUUCAGUGGGCAUUGACAGUCUGGAUUGUUUGAAGAAUGUUUGCAGCAUAACUAUGUUCAACAAAGAAGAUACUGAAUUCUCAGAAGUUUCAAGAGCCUUGGAACAGAUUUACAGAACUAUCUAUGUAUAUGUAUGUUUUAUUAAACACCCAUCUGCACUAUCAGUAUUGCACUAAUGUGGAAUUGGAAAGACUGUAUUACUGAUAAUGGAUAUCUGCACAUCAUUCCUGACUAGAUUGUUCUAAAGACAAUCUCAGAGAUUGAAGGUUUUGAAGUAAUUUGGUUCGAAAGUACAGUUGUCUUGAAGGAAUUGUUUUCAUACAUGAAGUCACUUGAGUUAUCUGUUCUCUUCUUGGUCAAGGUUAACAAUUUCUAAGUGAUUGCAAAUUCACGUUAAGUAAUACAUUUACAAAGCCAUUUUACAUGCAUUGAACGAGGGCUGCAACUUGUUUUACAAAUACUAGCACUUUUUUUUCUGUUAUGUACUUAGUGUUAGAGAGUCAAAAUAAUCGUUCCGCUUAGCAUCUCUUAAACCAUACCUGCAAGUAUAGCAGGAUUAUUACAUUUACAGUACUUUAAUACUUGUAUAAACUAUGCAGAAAUUUUUAAUAAAGUGUAAUAUAUUUUAUAAGCUAAUAAGACUGAAUGGGUAAAGGUUUUUAGCAUGCAUUAGUAUACUUGCAGAUACUGAAACAUUUUGGUAAUCUUUCUUACUAAAGAUGUGAAUGUUUAAUGUACUUUCUCUGUUUCUACUCUGUAGUCCAAUGGGAAUUCAGUAAUGACAUUUUGUCAUGUCAAACUGUGAACAUAAAUUUGUACUGUACAGUCCUCAUAUACUAUACACAGUAUGCAAUAUAUGUAUUAUAUACUUGUUAAUAAAACCAUCAGAAUA